AUGAUGGUAGCAGAACAGGUGAUAUUUCGAGGAAAAAAGCAAGAGCUUCAUAAACCUCCGGAUAAUACAGCAGAAACUGGAACGGACACACUGACCAUUUUUUUAAUCAUAUGCCUAAGUUUAGUUCUAAUUGCCAUAAUUCUGAUUGCCUUGGCGACUACUAUUACACGAGGUUCAUGGUGGCGACGCCGACUUCGUUCACGUAAUCGUCAUGGCCUCGAGGAUUUAAUAGAGGAAGGUCGAUCACCAAGCAUAAUUUUUCGCCUCCUGCACAAGUUACAAAUGAAGCUUGCAGCUGAUAUCUCCUCCGGUAAUUCGAACAGCCCUUGCUCAGGGAUAAGAUAUGCGGUAGCAACUGCCUCAACAGUCGGUACCAUCAGCAACACUAAUGUAUGCCUUAAUAAAAGUCCUACCAUUCCAUCUAAUUUUUACACGGGGGGUGUCUCCUCAGAAGCAGGUUUUGGACCCUCAUUGCCAUUGCGAUUCCAGCCGGAAAAGCUGUACGGUAGCACUACUACUCACCAUCGCGAGCGACUCAUCAAAAAGACUGGCCUUUCCCCAACUUCGCUUGGACUUUCUGAGACUUGUUGGCAUGGCCGACGCAAAUCUAUGCUUGAGGGUCUUGCAGCACUUACUGGUGGAGGAAGCAAAAGUGACCUUCAACGGAUCGGACCGCGUCAUAGUAAAGAUGCUGGCAGGUCAGGAGGCCAAUUUUUGACAUUACCUGGUACAGAUGAUGAUCUAGCCUCGAGCAGACAGAGAUCUGGAUCGGCGAUUUCACUCAGGUGCAUCGUCGCCUCAACACGAGAUAUCAAUUCUGGAAAGGACAGCUCUAGUAUGCUGGAAUCUCUCGAAAGGCAUGAGCCACUCUGUUUAAGCCUUACAAAUUUAUGCACAGCUCCUGUGACUGUAAGGCCAUACCAGCCGCAGCCUUCUUCUGCCAAACUUUUCCAAAUGAGUGAAAAACAAAGAGAACAAGAUCAUGCAGACGGUGACUUGGUUGAUAAGAUAAAGAGUCAAGGGAAAGCAACGGCAAAGAUUGCUCGUGCCCAUUCAAAUGAAAGGGAAGAGCAGACCAAUGUUACUGAGGAAGAAGAGUAUACUCUGCCUGCUAUUACGUUAAAAGUCCCGUUGGUGACAAACCGUCGGGGUUCUGGCUCUUUGCUAAGUCUGAAAAAGAUCAAAUUACCAAAGGAGAAUAAUAGUAAAAGUAUGGAUGUUAAGCCCCAGAUGGAACAGGGAGAAAAAAAAAAGUUAAAAAAGGGAGAGCGACCAAGUUUUACUAACAAGAACCAAGAGCAAGUUACUAAGGCCACUACCGAGGAGGCAUCAAUUUCAAUGGGUGUUUCGAAAACACGUGGCCGAAUACGUCGUGCCACAUUGUGUACCACAGGGUUUGGUGACUUGCAUUCAAGCAACCAGAACAGAUCUAGUAAAACGGGAAACUUGACACAUGAGCUUGGCGCUAAUCUGACGGAACUUGCAAUGAUGAUGGAGGCCCAACUUUUCACGAGCCAAGGACUGCGUAACUCAAAGAUUGCAAGAGCAGGUUCCUCCGGAGGUUUGGCAGGGCUAGACAAAGGAGACAAGAGUAUAGAUAGUUUUGGUAAUACGACCGCGAUCUAUGGAGGGGCUGGGAAUGUUGCUGAUAGUGAAAUUUCUCUGAGACUCGUCACUCGAAGACCAUCAUGGAUGACGCCCAAGUUGGCUGACUUACCACCGGUACCUCCAGUCGAUCUAGAAAACCGUCCGGCUGGUGUUUUAGCUUUUUCUAUUUACCCAGACCCAGAUGCCCUACAUGGAGAAAAUUAUAUGCUGGUUCGCCUUUUUGGAGCAGCGCAUCUUACUACUGCGAGACAACCCUGGCAAGUAUGUAGUUGUUUUGUUCAGGCAGCCUUCCACAGCACACCUCAACUGGUCAAGUUUCCAAUCAAUGAGAAAGUUAACAAACAAAUUUUGACCUCACCAACAAGAGACAGACUACAGGUGCCAUAUUUAUCGGAAACAGAACGUUCAAUGACGGAUUUAGGGGAGGCUAAUUCAACCUUACUCUCUACAGUUUCACAGGAGCAGAGUUCUGGCCAUGCUCGUCUGGCACUCGGAUGUGUUAAUUUCUGCACCAUAGAAAAUAGAGAAUUAGAGUUUCGAUUGCCAAACAAAUCAAGCCUCAAUGAUGAUAUACAUGUCACCACAGAUUUGAGUAAAAACAAUGAAGAAGAGCAGCUAGGUCGCAUUGUUAUCACCCUGAACGAGACAGAAAAAUCACGCUGGGGUACUGAUCAAGAGCAUCCUUUGGGCCGAGUGAUCGUUCCUGUGUAUAGACGAGAGUUAACGGCCAUACGUAUGCCCAAGAUUAUAUGGCAUAGAGUAGAGCCAUUAGAAAAGGUGAGACAAAGUCAUUAUUAUUCCUCAUUAUGCAUAUUGAUUAAUUAA